UAUCAAUCUGCCGAAUAAAGUAGAAGCUCUGAACGGAUCCUGUGUUUUCAUUCCCUGCACAUUUGAUAUUGAACAACAAUAUGAAGCUGACCUCACUGACAGAGCAAAGAGAUUGUGGUUUAAAGAUGGAAACCCUCGUGUUAUAAUGUUUGACUCCAGCAGCCCCAACACUGGACGGUUAAAAGGAGAAAUAUUUGGCACUGCUACACAGAAAAACUGCACCACACGCUUCGAUAAUGUUGAUCAGAGUCAUAAUGGGUCGUAUUACUUCAGAAUCGAAACCAGUGGUAAAUUGAAGAUUAGUUACAUAGGACCUACAUACUCUCAAGUUGAAAUUGUCGUCUCAGGAUCUCCACCCAAACCUACACUGAGCAUCUUUCCGGAUCAGCAGGAGAUGAUUGAGGGAAGUUCAGUGAGUCUGCGCUGCUCUACUAAGAUCUUCUGUCCGUCUCGUCCAUCAUCUCUCACAUGGAGCUCGUCUCUCAUCGAGAGCGUCACAGGACGACAGUAUCAGAGCCAAACUGAGAUCAUCUCUGAUCUGAACUUCACUGUUUCUCACCGUCAUCACAGAGUCACUUUCACCUGCACUGCAACACACCAGAUACAGAAGCAGAACACAACAAAAGAGUCUCGUCUGCUACACGUUCAGUAUGCUCCUAAAAACACAUCGGUGGAGAUAAAUCCAGCUGGUUUAGUUCUGGAGGGUCGUUCAGUGACUCUGAUCUGCAGCAGUGAUGCAAACCCAGCAGUGAACUACACCUGGUACAGAGACACUGAGAGACCUCUGAAUCCAGUUCAGACCGGACCAAACCUGACCAUCAACAACACCGACCCGACACACAGCGGACGAUACUACUGUACAGCUGAGAACAAACACGGCACACAGAACUCAUCAGUGCUGCUGGACGUCCAGUAUGCUCCUAAAAACACAUCUGUGGAGAUAAAUCCAGCUGGUUUAGUUCUGGAGGGUCGUUCAGUGACUCUGAUCUGCAGCAGUGAUGCAAACCCAGCAGUGAACUACACCUGGUACAGAGACACCGAGAGACCUCUGAAUCCAGUUCAGACCGGACCAAACCUGACCAUCAACAACACCGACCCGACACACAGCGGACGAUACUACUGUACAGCUGAGAACAAACACGGCACACAGAACUCAUCAGUGCUGCUGGACGUCCAGUAUGCUCCUAAAAACACAUCGGUGGAGAUAAAUCCAGCUGGUUUAGUUCUGGAGGGUCGUUCAGUGACUCUGAUCUGCAGCAGUGAUGCAAACCCAGCAGUGAACUACACCUGGUACAGAGACACUGAGAGACCUCUGAAUCCAGUUCAGACCGGACCAAACCUGACCAUCAACAACACCGACCCGACACACAGCGGACGAUACUACUGUACAGCUGAGAACAAACACGGCACACAGAACUCAUCAGUGAUGCUGGACGUCCAGUAUGCUCCAAAAAACACAUCUUUGUCAGUGCUUCCCUCCAGCUCAGUGAUGAGGGGCAAAAAAGUGACUCUGAUCUGCAGCAGUGAUGCAAACCCAGCAGUGAACUACACCUGGUACAGAGACACUGAGAGACCUCUGAAUCCAGUUCAGACCGGACCAAACCUGACCAUCAACAACACUGACCCGACACACAGCGGACGAUACUACUGUACAGCUGAGAACAAACACGGCACACAGAAGUCAUCAGUGCUGCUGGACGUCCAGUAUGCUCCUAAAAACACAUGGGUGGAGAUAAAUCCAGCUGGUUUAGUUCUGGAGGGUCGUUCAGUGACUCUGAUCUGCAGCAGUGAUGCAAACCCAGCAGUGAACUACACCUGGUACAGAGAGACAUGGUCUCAGUUUGAGCUCCUCCAGACUGGAUAUAAUCACACCUACAUUGUGACAAACCCUACACACGUUGCACCCAAUAUCUCCAGCUCUUGCAGUCGAAGCAGUGUAACGGAGUGUGUCUGUGAGGCUCAUGGGAAUCCCUGUCCUACACUAGAGUGGCGUCUGUCUGGACGUGUGAUCACUAACUCUACAGAAACCUCCAUCAGUGAGGAGACGUUAGGAAGCACAGGAGUGAAGAGCGUCCUGAACAUCCAUCAGUCCCUCACAGACACGAACAUCCUGCAGUGUUUCAGCACAAACAAAUACAGCAGCGCCAGUCAACAGUUUCAGUUCGUCCCACCGCCACAAGACACACGUUUCCAUCAUCCGUCGGUGCUGCUCGGAGCUGCUGUCGGAGCCUCAGUGAUGAUGAUCUCUUGCAUCCUGACACUCUGCUAUGAACGAAGAAGGAAAGAAAAACCUUCAGAAACCAGAGAAGACGACACAUCUGGACUCAUUCUGACUCAAACAGCCGUUUCUCUGGAUAAAGACAGUGAGUCUGUUUACACCAAUAAAGGCAUGCUGUCAUCCACCGCACCGAGUGCACCUGAAUCUCUUCAUUAUUCCUCCAUCGACUUCACAAACGCUGACCCGCCGUCAGGAGAGAUCAUGGGCCUUGCCUCGCUGACCAGUGAAUACGCUGCGGUCCGACACUGUCCUGCAGGAGACACAGACACAGAGAACAACACCUCAACAUCUGAGACAGAGCCCAAAAAACCAGACAUCACAGCAAAGAUCACAGACACAUCCUCACCGGCAUCAGAAGACGUGAUUUAUGAAAACACGGGCCAUAGCUACAGACAGAAGGAAGCGCUGGUCAGCGCAGAUGAUGCUGAAAAACAAGACUGAACCAAAUCCAUUGAAUCUUUGAGCAACAAUUUAAGAGAUCCUUCAUCCAAAAAUAACAAUUACAAACCUACAGAACUUUCUUUCAUCUGUGGAACAUGA